CAUCGCCCGCGCCUUAAACCAUUUCAAAUACUUGGCUUCCAUCCGCCUUCUUCUUCCAUUCCGUCUCCUCCCCAUAUCCAUUGACCAAAUCAAUCCCGCCAUUUCCAUUCUACGCCUGAAGUGGUAGUGUUGUCCAAUUCAUUCAUGCUACGUGAGCGGUAGCUUCAAGCAACUGCAUGCAUGCACAGACGCUAAAUAGACGUCAAGAUCGCGCGUUCUCCUGGCAACCAUGCUGCGUGCGCACCUUCGACUACCUCUGGGCGCGAUGCUGCACCGCGUCCCCGUAUCUGCCCUCCUCGUCGACAAGGCAAUGGCAAUGGCAAUGCCAACGGUGGUGAUGGGGGGCGGGUACCGCCCGCGGCGGAGCCUGCACGGCGGCGGCGGGGACUCGCCGAGCAAGUGGAGGAAGCCGGAGGCGGGGCGCCUGAAGCUCAACUUCGACGGGUCCUCCAGGCACGCGUCCCAGAGCGCGAGCAUCGGUGGCGUGUACCGGGACCACAAGGGCGAGUUCGUGCUGGGCUACGCGGAGCCGAUCGGUGCGGCGACGAGCUCCGUGGCCGAGCUCGCCGCGCUCCGGCGCGGGCUGGAGCUGGCACUGGAGAACGGGUGGAGCGGCGUCUGGGUCGAGGGCGACGACUUGUCGGCCGUGGAAGCCGCGCGGGGGAGCCACAGGCGCCCGCGCCUAGGCAGGGCGGAGGAGGACCUGAGGCUGUGGAAGGAGAUCGCCGAGCUGCUCCCGCUGCUCGGCGACGACAUGGCCGUGUCGCACGUGCGCCGGGGAGGGAACAGGGUGGCGCACGGGUUCGCGAAGCUCGGGCACAGCGUGCCGCGGCCGCGGGUGUUGCACUAG